UGAAGGUUAUGUCAAAACAGUGUUAUGUGAUUAGAGUUUGCGGUCGAUUCGUUUGAACUUCUUGAAAAGCAUUGUAAAGUUUAAGGCAUUUAUCUCUAAAUUUAAUUGUAAAAUGUUCAGAAAAAGUUUGGUAACAGUGCUGCGUCAGGGUAGUUCCGCCGUAAACACCGGUGGCGCCCUUAAAGGUUCAAAUCGCACUUUGUACUCGGCUUCGGUGCUUGGCCUGGAUGGGUACGAGAGCUUCCGGGAGAAGACGCGCACCCAGCACCUGCACAAUGUGGACAACUUCAAGCGCAAGAUGCGAGACUUUGUCGCCGGGUCGGCCUCGAACAUGAUUUUCACCGAGGACCUGAAGAACAUCAUCCACCUGGCGGACAACACCGACGAGGAUAAGAAGCUGCUGGUGGACAUGAUUGAAAAAUACAACGCCCAGUCCCAGGAACUGCGCUUCGGCAACUACAUCUUCGGACCGGUGGUGAUGCGUGCCUUGUACUCGUUGAAGGAUCCCAUCCUAGCGUUCAAGCUGUUCAAGGAUGAAAAGCACAGUGGCUUUUUCGAUCAACUGUCCACCUACCAAAUCCUGGGCGAUAUGCUCUACGAGAACGGCAUGUACGCCGAAGUCCGGGAACUGUUUGAUCUGAUCAAAACGCGCCAAGUGCAAGGGGGCCGCUAUCCUAAGCACCCAAUUACGCUCACAUUUGCUGCCUGCUACCGGGAGAACACCCCUGAAUCCUUCCAAUAUGCGAUGGAUCUAUGGAAGGAACUGAACGCUGUCGGUCACAUCCCUAUGCGGAAGGCAACGGCUUUCGCGGCGGCUCUAGCACUGAAGCAUAACCAACCGGGCAUUGCACUGGAAAUUGUGGGAACCGUGACCAAGGGCAACUACGUCACAAUCCGGCAGUUGAGGAUCUUAGCCCUCACCGAAAUGGAACGUUUGGAUGAUCUGAUUCCAGUGUUCCGGUCAGUGUUGGAAGUUGGAGGACCACUAGAAAAACGGCACACUUUCUGCCAGGAAGUGGUAGAAAAAGUUAAAAACGUUCUGGCGACGACCAAAUCCGAAGUGCCCCAGGACCUCCAACGAAUGCUGGAAUACCUGGAGGCGAACGGUCACAUUUCAGACUCUAGCUUGGAUUCGUUACUGUGCCAGGAAAUCGUUUCGACCGCCCAGAGAAAGGAUCCAGCGAGCAAUCUAGCGGAAAGCUACCGCACCCGAGGAGGUUCCCAGCAGUUCAAAAAAUUUAACCCGACCAGGCAGCAAAAAUCACGGUUCGCGCGGCCGGGACUGGCCGAGAUGCACUGAGCGGGUAGGUUGAUGAAGUUCGUAGGCGUUAGGCGUGAUGUUAAUAAAAUGAAAACAAAUUGCA